AGAAGAAGUGAGGCGGACUCGACACCAGAACGACUCCGUACGUGUUGCUUCGUUUGGACAGAGAGAACGAAAAGAGAGACCACAGGGAGCCGGAGUCAGAGUCACCCGACCCCCCGCUUUCAAAAAUGCAACAUCAUCAGACGGGUGGCUUGCGCCGUGGGAAGUGGCUCGCGUCAAACCCUUUUGCUGAUGCAGAGGUGCCCUUGAUCAGGGAGGGGCGUUCCGAACCAACGGGUCAAACCACCAACACAGGGGGCAAAGGUGGUGCUAUUGUAACGAUUACUGUACAGUGUCUUGCGGUGACCUCUCUUGAAAGCGUCUCUUUUUCAUUGGUUUCGAAGGCGCGUGUGUUGUGGGUAAGGAAGAUGUUGCCCGGGGGUAAUUGUACAGUACUUUUACGGUGGAAACGACAAGAGCAUGCAAUAGACCUUUUUGGGGGCACAGCACUGCGCCUGGCAGCCUGGACACAUUCAACAAUAGGAGCACAUGCUCGCGUCCGCGCCCGCGCGCCUCUAGAGAAGGUGGCGAACGCCUUGACGGUGGAAGGAGGGGGGUUGUUGGGUCCUGUUUUCCUUUUUUUUUGCCGCCAUUCAGACGGGAGCUAGUAAACGCCUCUGGCGUUAUUU